AAACCCAGUCAGUGACUGUACACACAGGACAUGCAUGGUGUAUGCUGUACAAGGCUAGCUUCGUCUGCCGCACUUGUGGGAGCGCGGCCGACGAUGAACUUCACGUUGUUGGCACGUUGGUGUAUGCUGCACAUGACAUGCAUGAGCCCAGUUGUAAAUAUCUAACAUCAUCAACCGAUGGCCAUAAUGGGCUCAUGAAUUUCCCUUUUCCCAGACAUGCCAUGGCAGAGGCAUGGUGGACGAUGGACCCUACACUUACAUCUGUUCUGGGGGUAGAGAUUCCUCAUCUCCCCACCAUGCCCACGUCAUAAGCCAAGCUAGGAUAAUAUAGCGCUAGAUAUUUCCAGCUACAUUGUACAUGUAUACAACAUGACAUUGACAACAGUAUUUGAUGUGUAAAGGAUUCUAAACUAAGUGGUAGAUGGGAAAUUAAACUAUAGGCUGGGGCAGACAUCACAUAAUCGAGGGUAGCAACCAAACUGCACUGAUGCAAACAACUGCGACCAUGGUGAGGGCACGCGCACACCAGCCAGUCAGAGAAUCAGAACGGAUUUCUACAAAUCCAUGCGCCAUGAACACGACACAAUGGGCUUACCUCCUGGUGUGGCAAGAACACUGGUUAUGAAGACUUUCAUGAAAUAUGAGAAAAUAGGACAAGGUCCACCUCUGCCAGAUCUCCAAACUCAUCGUCAAGAGGGAGUGCCGGAGCCAGUCAACACAGUGGAGAUCACAGAGACGCCAGGUGUCAAAGACGGUACUACAGAAAGUGCCAAGAAAGCUGGAACAGACACGAUAGAAGAAAGGCUUACAGACACAAAUAAGAAACAGCAGGUUGAGGGUGAAACUAGAGGAGGUCAAAAGGAUGAGGCAAAAGAAAAGAAGAGGGCCAGAGAGAUCAUAACAGAGUCAGACACCUACAACGGGGCGCUGCGCGACAACUAUGCAUGGUCCCAAUCUCUGAGUGAUUUGGACCUGAAGGUGUUUGUGCCGGAAACGUUGCGGAAAGCUAAGGACCUCAUUGUUGACAUCAAAGAGGAUCAUGUCAAGGUAGCAGUGAAGGGGCAACACACAGGUGCUGCCGAGCCCCAGGUCUUACUGGAUGGCAAGCUGACCAUGAAGGUCCGCUGUGAUCAGUCAAUGUGGAGUCUACACCCAGGCAACUACGUGCAGAUCAGUCUGGAAAAACUGAAACAAACGUGGUGGCAUGCGGUGGUGGAAGGUGAGCCGCCGAUUGAUAAUAAGAGCAUCAAUAACGUCCAGAAUGUUAACGAGAUGGAUGAGGAGGCUCAGCAGGAGUACGAACGGGUCAUGUUUGACAUGGAACAGAAGAGACAGGGAAAACCGACCAGUAAAGAAUUAGAAACCCACAAGAUUCUAAGGAAGGCUUGGAAUGUGGAGGGCUCACCGUUCAUGGGCACGGAAUUUGACCCAUCCAGUGUCAACAUCAGUUCGUGAUACCUUUAGGCUGUCUGUAAACUGUUCCACGUUUUGUUCUCAUGCAUUCUCCGGGGCAUGCAUGAAAUCUUGCAUACAGCAAGUCAAAUAUGGCAAAUAAAUUGACAUUACGGUUCGUUUAACCAAUUUAAGCCAUGCAGAGGACAAGCUAAUUGAUAAAUCUGAUGGGACACAAUAAAUCAAUUCAAAAUCAUACACAAAAUGCAUGUUGUACUGCCAAACAGUUCUCUGUAAAUAGAAAUUUAUUUCUGUAUAAUUUUUUCAUUCAGACAUUUAAGUUCCAACAAAAUUUCACUAUAACACCUGCUGUUUUAGUGGUUGACAGCCAUUUUGCAAACCAUCCUGAGCACUCACUGAUUCUAUGGCUUUCUCCCUCCAAUAUGGCAUGAGUUAUGAUUCCUGUGCAUUUAUUGUAACUUGAGUGAAUGCCUUAUGCAUUGCAUCACAAAAAUUAAAUGUAUAUACCAAUAAAAGGUCACGUCUUUGUCUUGUUCAUUCGGCUGUAGCAGAGAAAUAACUGCUUGUAAAUAAAAACCAAAUCUAUUCAACAAA